AAAACCGAAUUAUUUGAAUUUGAAAAAUAAAGAAUAUUCAAUAAUUCCGCAAAUUUUAGUUUUAAAGUUAAAGCUUGAAAACGAAAUAGAGAGAGUUGAGAAACAAAAGUCUUCAAAUGGCAGUGCACAUUCAACCAGGAGAAGUUUUUUGAAUUGGAUUUUAAUUUUUUUUUGUUACAUUUGGGUUUUUAAUAAAACAGCCUCCCCAAUGAAAUGUAAAAGCUGGUCGAAUAAAAUCAACAAUUUUGUUGUGCGUCGCCUGAAGUCAAUUAAGAUAAACGGUCAACAGCAACAACAAAUUCUGUCGCCGUGCAGCACGAUGCCAGCGAUGCCAAAAGAAAAGGCUACCGCAGUAUCGUUGAAUGAGAAUAAUUUUAGUGAAUUGAAAUUGAAAGAGUUGGCUACUAGCGCUACCGUUGCUGCCACCGCCAUGGCCACAACAGCGGCAAGUCGCAUGCAACAGCAUACGUCAAACACCCCCACGCACCAUCUUCCCGCUACAGUACAGACUCCAACAUCGCUGCCUCCAGCGGUACAACAACAGACAAUGCCUCAACAGCAUCGGGCACAACGCCAAACACAACAACAGCAGCAGCCACAGUCCCGCAACAGUGUUUGUGGCUGUGGCAUUGCCUCGGCCAUACCGGAGACAGUGGGCAGCAUAAAUCAUGGCAGCAGCAGUAAAUAUUUAACCAAUGGACAUUCAUCACCUUUGGCCGCCGCUGUUGCUGCUGCACAGCAAAAUGGUGCCACAUCACCGCAACACACACCGACAUGUUGUCGAUAUCAACAACAGCAGCAACAUAAUGGUUACAUUGGGGAACCACAGUCACUACGCACAAACAAUGGACUUGCAGGUGGUGGUGCAGCUGCACCCACCACCGCCAUCAAUAUCGCCUCGGCUUCCACACUCUUUGCAACGUCCCCAGCCUGUGCCUCAACGUCCCCCACAAAUAACGUGGCUGUAACUCCGCCAAAGAAAUCGCCAAACGACUACAUCUUUGGCAAGUACAUUGGCGAGGGCAGCUUCAGCAAUGUGUACCUCGCAGUGGAUGUGCACACAAAGCGUGAAUAUGCAAUUAAGGUGUGCGAGAAACGCCACAUUCUGCGUGAGGACAAGCAGGAGUAUGUGCGGCGUGAGCGCGAAGCCAUGCACAUGAUGACCAAUGUGCCCGGCUUUGUGAAUCUGUCGUGUACGUUCCAGGACAGACGUUCUCUGUACUUUGUGAUGACCUAUGCCAAGAAUGGCGAUUUGCUGCCGUACAUCAAUAAGGUGGGAUCCUUCGAUGUGGACUGCACACGCCACUAUGUGGCCGAAUUAGUAUUAGCUUGCGAGCAAAUGCACCGUCGCAAUGUGGUGCAUCGUGACCUGAAACCUGAGAAUAUCCUAUUGGAUGAAGACAUGCACACACUGAUAGCCGACUUCGGUUCGGCGAAAAUCUUCAAACCCGAUGAGCGUUCCUCGGUGGCCAGCACUUGUGUAAAUGUGCCGUCUACGUUGACGCGUAGUAGCCGUUUUCCGAAUCGCAGUGAUGAGGAUGAGGACGACGACGCCGAGGACACCAAUGAUACUGGCAGCGAUGAGGAUCGCACACAUAGUGGGCGACCAGGACGUUAUUACAAUCGCAGACGCAAGGGCAGCUUUGUAGGUACGGCGCAAUACGUUUCGCCAGAGGUUUUGCAAAAUGGACCCAUUUCACCCGCUGCUGAUCUAUGGGCUCUCGGCUGUAUAGUCUACCAGAUGAUAUCUGGCUUACCGCCUUUCCGCGGCAGCAAUGACUAUGUCAUAUUCAAGGAAAUUUUGGCUUGCGACCUAGACUUUCCACAAGGCUUCGACAAAGAUGCUGAGGAUCUAGUCAGAAAACUAUUGAAGGUAAAGCCUGAAGAGCGCUUGGGUGCACAAGACGGAGGUGGUUCCUAUGUGAGCAUACGCUCACAUCCGUUCUUUAACGGUAUUGACUUUGGCACUGUGCGACAACAAACUCCGCCCCCAAUAUACCCAUACUUGCCGGGCGUUUCGAAAGACGAAGACUUUCGCUCACAAUACUGUAUGCCCGAAAAUCUCGAACCGGGCUUGGACGACAAGCAACUUACCCGUUUGCUCGGCAUUGAAUUAGGCACAUCGCUUGGUGGCGGCGAUUGCAAACAGAAUGGCAGAGAGAUUGAGAAAAAGACUGUAAUAAAAAAUAUUUACGACAUUUCGGAUGCUGAGAAACAGAAACGUUUAGAGCAACAAAAGUCUGAUAAGUGGCACAUCUUUGCUGACAACGAGGUCAUAUUGAAGAAGGGCUAUAUCAAUAAACGCAAAGGCCUGUUCGCACGCAAGCGCAUGUUGCUGCUCACGACGGGCCCGCGCUUGAUCUACAUCGACCCCGUACAGAUGGUGAAGAAAGGUGAAAUACCAUGGAGCGCGGAACUGCGUGUUGAGCCUAAAAACUUCAAAAUAUUCUUUGUGCAUACGCCCAACCGAACAUACUAUCUGGACGAUCCUGAUGGCUAUUCGCUCGAAUGGGUCGAUUCUAUCGAAAGAAUGCGAAAACUCGUGUACCCAGACAGUGAGACAGUGGCAGUUGCAUCAACAGCGACGGGCACUUCGCCGAAAUCGUCCCAUCGAACAAAUUCACCAACGGCGCUGGCCAACGGCAGCACCUCCAGUGGCAGCAGUAGCAGUGGUAACAUGUUGACGGCAGCUAUCGCCGCUGCAACUGGCCGGACGAUGAAAACGGCGUCAAACUGAAUGAAGCGCCAGCCGGAAUUCAUAUAUCUACUGAAGGCGCAACUAAAAUCUUACAAAACCCCAAAAACGUCGUUCAAAUGCCUAUAGCGGGGGAAGCGAAAGGCGAAGGCAGCAACUACAGUAGCUGUUGGACAAAUAAGCGCCGAAGAAUAUGGAAUAAGAUAAAUAACAAGAGAGCAGACUCAGCAAGUGGCGGGCGAGUUGCUGUGUUCACAUCUAAAAAAUGUUUAGAACAAAUUUAGUUCAAAUCAUCAAAUACAUAAAAUAAUUAUUAAUUACUAAAAAUAUCAAUUAAACUAAUGUAUAGUAUAUAACUGCAGAAGUGUAGCGAAUAGCAGAAUAGCAAAGCAUAAUUGUAGCAUGAAAACAAGAAGAGCAAGAAGAAUAGCGCAGAAGUAGGCAGAAUUAAGGUCAUAGCAAAAAUGCGUAUAGCAAAAUUAGUAAACAAUAUUUAGCGUUUAAGUGUGCAAAUCCAAAAUAUGUAGUUGCAAAUGCGAAAACAGGAGGAAGCAAUAGCAGUGAAUGGGUAAAAAAGUAUGCGAGAAGUUGAGGUGCACAUGUGAAGCCGUGACGUAAUGUACAUAUGUAUGUAUAUGCAAUGCAGCGGGGGAGUUGAAGAGUUGUAAAUCGAAUGACGUAGUGUAUAGUAUAUAUUCAACCAGAAACAGACAAACAUAAUAUUUACGAAUAUGCUAUCUUUACAACAACUAAAACAAUACUAAUGCAAUACAGUUAAUGCAUGCAAACAUAUACAUAUGUGGUCAGCAUUUUCAGCAAGCAUAUACACAUAUAUGCCAACAUACAUACAUAUAUAGCAAAGACACAUGCAAAGUAUAUACGAAAUGGAGCAUAAUUUAAAUUAAUGUAAUUCUAAUUGUAAACAAAUGUGAAUAUUUUGUAGUUAGUCACAAUUAAAUGAAUUAUACACCAGCAGAGCAGGCAUGCAGACAGACGUACGUUCAUAGUAAAAUGAGAGAGAAAACUUUAAGCUAGAACUAACUUAACGAUGCUAGCUAGCAAAACAUAUGGCAGUAGGCAAAGCAUAGCGAAGCAGGGCAAUGUGUAAUGCAACGUCAAGUAAAUACUACAAUAUAAUUAAAAUCGUAUAUAUAAUAACUACAAUUAUACCAUACAUAUAUAUUAUACUCUAUAUACAUCAUGUAUACAUGGUCAGGCAAAGAAAAAAAAAACAAAUACUGAAUACAUGCAAGCGUAUAAGCGUAUAAGCAAAGCAUAAAUGAAAUGAGAAUAUUGUAAUUAUUUAUACACCGUAGUAAGAAAGAAAACAUACACACAUACAUACAUACAGUUCGUGAGAUAUUGCAGCCAGUAAUAACUAUGAUUACGCCAAUUAUUCAUGCAGCAACUGCUGCAUAUGAACAAUGCGGUGGUAGUUAACUUGCGCGACGCAGCAGCCCAACUAUCCGAAAAGCUGGGCGAAUAUGCUGCUGAAUGUAAAUGUGAACUCUGAAGAUUCAGCGUCGACCGAUGUAAAUUAUUUACUAUUUACGCAUGUAUUGUAGUUUGUAAAUUCGUAAUAACGGUAGUUUUUAAGCAGGACAUUCGAAGGUAGCCAAGCAAGUGGCGCGGAAUGUUGAGCGCACGACGAUGUAUAGUAUGCAGAUUGCGAAAAAGCAUGAGAAUUUGUGCGCAGUGCAGAAAUAUUUCUAGUACUAAUUGUAAAGCGUUAGUUAAACACUGAAAAACUAAUAUCAAACAAAUUUGUAACACAAUCAAGCUGCUGCUUGUGCGGGCGCGCACCGGCGCAAAUGCAGUCGGCGAGCACAACGCGCGUGCUGGUGGUGGUGAGUCUAUCGUUGGGCGUCAGUGCUUGCAUACAACAUUUAGCUAAAUUACAAAAUAAUUAACUAAGGAAACGAAAACUAUUUUUAUGCGAUUAGAGUGAAUUUUAAGCGUUGCAAAUGUAGUGUGUUCAUAGCUGUAAGCUGUAAGCUGUAAACUGUAAAUUGUAAAUUGUUUUUUAUGCAAAGUCACUGCUAACGCUCUGCGUCACUGUUUAACACACCAACACCACACGCGACAUGUUGGCGCUCUCACGCUCGUUCUCGCUCGGGCGCUCGCACUUGCGCACACACAUCUUCACACAACAACACACAUCUACGCCGCCGCCGUGUUCAGAUUUUUAGGUUUUGUGCUUCUACUUUGACUUAGAUUUUUCGUUUUGUUUCCAUGAGCUAAUUAAUGCAUUGAUACAUUGAAAGCGACAGUUUUGUGGUGUGUUGAAUUUUGAAAUAUGUUAGUAGAAUUCUAGUAGAUGUAUGAGUAUGUAUCCUGUUUUAUUUUGGUUUCCCUUGUUUACUCUGUAUUUUUGCCCUAAUAAUGCAACGCAUAAGACUUGAAUCUAAUUGUAGACAAAAUGAAACAAAACAAGAAUAUGAAAAGGUAGGAAAACCAAAAGCAACUAAUGAAACUGAAACUAAACAGAAACAGAAACAACAACAACAACAAUAACAGCAAAACCAGAAACAACAAAGUAAUUAAACUAAUUAUAGAACAAAUUUGACCUCUAGUGGAAAAGCAAAAGCUACUGAAAUACCGUUGAAAAAGCUCUAAACAAAAGUAUGUAAUUCCUUUUUGUAUUGCAGAACAAAACCGCAUGAAGAUCUAAGUUACGUUUUCCUAAUUGAUUUAAUUUCUCAUUUUUUAUACGACAUACAAAAAGAAUACAAAUAAACAAAAAUAAUUAAAUAAAACUAGCAAAGAAUUAAUACUGAAUGCGUACGAAAAAUCUGUAAGCAUGAAUAUUUCGAAAUGUUAUUUUUUUAAGAAAUUAAAUUAAACAAAAAAUACGUUGUAACGGAGAAUAUACAUAUACAUAGUGAAUAUCGUAUUUCUUUUUGGUUCCUUUCUUCAAUGUUUUGUUCGACUAGUUAAAUGUUUGCAAACUCAGUUUGGUUGCCGCUUUGUAAAAGCCUCUGAGUUAAGCGUUAAAAAUGUAAUUUAAAAUAAAUUUUGUUAUGUAUGGAAUGGAAUUAAACUAAAUGCUAAACGUUGCACUUCCCCUAAAACAAACAAAAGCAAAAAUGAAAUAUUUUGCCACCUCUUAGUUCUAGUUAGGAAAAUGCCUAUUUCUAAACAAACCAGAGACACCUUAUGAUUUUGCUUUAAAGAACCUUCGUAUUUCGAAAAGAUUUGAGAAAUUGAAUUUUCGCUUUUUGCAGUAAGCAGUAGCGAAUUAAGUUUAAGCAGCCAUUUGUGGCACUAUAGAAAGCCAAACAAAAGCAACAAAACGCAAGGCCUGCUUGUGAGCACCGUGCGCAACUUUUGUUGAACUUUUGUUUGUGUGCAACAAUGUAUUGUAUUGGAAAAUGUGGAGUGUGGAAAGAGUGCAACCUUUGCAACAAAGUAUACAUAUUUUGUAUAUAUUUGUAUUUGUAUGAAUUUUUGUGAAUCUGAAUUUAGCGUUAUGCUGUAAAAAUGUGCAGAGCUGAAAUUAAUCUUAGUUUUUAGUGAAAAUGAAAGCAGCAACAAAUGCAAUCGAUCAUUUAUAGAUUUCGUUCAAUUACCGCUGUAUAUUUUUUGUUUGUAUUUUUUCAACACUUUUUGUUGUUUUCGUUUUCGUUUUUGUUUUUAAGUAUAUGCAUAAGUGAUUAGUACUAAAGCGCAUACAAGCACGCAAACAUUUAUUUGAUUUUUCUCAAUUGUCAUCAUUCACAUUAUUUUACAUGCAUACGUAUACUAUACACACAUACACACAACAUGGAAUAUGAAAACACAUUAAUCAACAAUGAGAAAACAUACAUACAUACAUAUAUUGUAGUUAAAACAAGUUAAGAGCGAAUAAUUAAUUUCUUAUUUAAUUAAAUUAAUGCUUAUAGAUGAAUUAUAUUUGUAUUUGUAAUUAAUUUAUGUUACUUUAAUGAAUUAAUUUAUAUUACUAUUCUGAUUAUUAUUUAAACUUAAGGUAAAUUUAUGCGAAAACUAUGGCAAAACAAGAAAAAAAAACAGAAAACAGAAAAA